UCACAACGUUAACCCGACCGACCGGCCGCACACGCCGCGCACACACCGCACACGCACGUCGCACCGCGUACACGACGACCGACGACGGCGACGCAACCGUAUACCAAACCUGUACCCAUCAGUCGACCACGGGCGCGGUGAUCGCAUUCGCUAUCGACACGUCCGUUCCGUCGCCGCCGCCGCGUUUUAUUUUCCAUAAUUAUAUAAUAUUAUUAUAACGGCACGAUAUGGUCCGCAAGUCGACGUCGACGACGGCCGCUGACGCCGCAGCCGUUCGCGUUUGACCCGCAGUUACGAAAAUACAUUCCGUUUCGUCAAACGGUUUGCGAGUGUUUUUCGCCGUCUGCAGCAUUAGGUGUAUCCACGAAAUAUCAUAUUAUUCUAGGACCGCGAUUCGCCUGUCCUGUCCUGGUAUACCGUGUCGUGGAUACCUAGGUAUAUAAUCCGUCCGUCCGUUUUUCGUUACCGCUUCGCCGGCCGCAUAGGUACGGUAACCAUACCUAAACACCGGUAAUAAUAUGAUAAUGGGCACGGCCAACCAGGAACAGCAUCCUGCCAGCGCGAUCAAAAAGCCCACGGACUUUUCGAUCGACGCAAUUAUGCGCAAAGAUGACGCCGCCGCCACUGCCGCCGAUUCGAGACACAACAUCAUGUUCGGUACGGAGGGCGAAGGUUCGAUGGGUGGGACUGAAGAUUUGGACAUUGAAGUGGACGUCGUUGAGACUUCGGAACCAGAAGACUUGGCCGCCAACCGCUAUCAUCGCCGGUCUUCGGUGGACGCGGGUACCGGAAAGCAAAAUGGCACGGCUAGUGGUUCGAAGAAAAAGAGAUGUCGAGAAACGGUUAGCGCUUCAUCUGAAGAUGGUGACCGGACACCGCCUCCACACGAUUCUGCACAGGCCACCUCCAAGAACCUGGCAACAAUGUUGGCAAAAUGUACCAGUCCGGAUUUGGCAUCCACGGAAUGCUACCUUGAGUCCGUCUCAAAAGAGCUCUGGUCCAAAUUUCACGAACUGGGCACGGAAAUGAUCAUCACCAAAACUGGAAGGAGGAUGUUCCCCACACUGCGCGUGUGCUUCCGGAAGCUGGACCCAAACCAAAAGUAUUCGGUGCUCAUAGAUAUCGUACCGGUGGACAACAAACGAUACCGGUACGCAUACCACAAGUCAUCGUGGCUAGUUGCCGGCAAGGCGGACCCACCAGCCCCACAUCGGCUGUACACUCACCCCGAUUCACCGUUCACGGGUGACCAGCUGCACAAGACGUUUGUGUCGUUCGAAAAAGUCAAGCUCACCAACAACGAGAUGGACAUCAGUGGACAGAUCAUUUUGAACUCGAUGCACAGAUAUCAGCCCCGGAUACAUCUGGUCAAGUGGAGGGGAAUGGUGACCGACUUGGACGCGGAAAAGUACCGGUCUUUCGUGUUCCCAGAAACCGUGUUCACGGCCGUCACGGCUUAUCAAAAUCAACUGAUCACGAAAUUGAAAAUCGACAGCAACCCAUUCGCAAAAGGAUUCCGUGAUUCUUCGCGACUAGGAGAACUAGAAAGAGACCCGGUGGACUUGAUGUUCCUGGAACACCAGUACAACCAGCACUUGCUCAGCCGGGCAGCUACACCCAUGUUCUGGCCGUCGUCCCAGGACGGCGGCGUCCACCCCGGACAGCAGUCGGCAAUGGAACAACACCACCAGCACCAGCUGAACCAGCAACAGCAUCAGCUGCAGCAGCAGCACCACCACCUACACCACCAACAGCAGCAGCAGCAUCAGCAACAGCAACAACAGGAUCAAAGCAACGGCGGCGGCAAUUCGGGAUUCAUGUUGGCCGCCGCGGCCGCUGCCCGGGCUCAGUUUCACAUGUUGAACAACGCGGCAGCUGCGGCCGCUGCGUCCGGCGGUGGCAGGUCCCAGUCUGGCGGUGACGGUAGCGGUGGCGCCGGUGGGCCGGCUGCCCAGCACUAUCAGCACUCGGCCGCUGCCGCAGCGGCUGCUGCGGCCGGCAUGCACUCGCUCAUAGUGUACGGCAACCACUUUCAACAGUCGCAGUCACGAUUUGCCGCCGCUGCAGCCGCAGCCGCGGCCGCGGCGUCGUCGUACCCGGGUCCGCCACCCCCGCCGCACCCAUCGUCCAUGUUCACGUGGCCGCCGCAGUCGCAAUACCCGAGGUACGUGUCGGCGGCCGCCGCUUUUCAGCCUCCGCCACCGCCGCAGCAGCAACAGCCCACGACUUCGUCGUCCACCGCGGCCGGCCCGCCGCAAUCCCCGCCGCAAGCGUCGCUUCAGCCACCGCCGCCUCCGCCUCUCCAACAGCAGCCCCAGCCGUCCACGUCAUCGUCGUCGCCGUCGUCCACCGCCGCGGCCAUCGUCCAUCACCAACACCACCACGGCGCUGGUCUGCACCAGCAACAGCACCACCACCACCACCACCGGGCGUACAGUCCCGCUCGAACGCCACCCGGCGCCGGCGGCUCGUCUUCGGCCGAGUCAUUGCCGUCGCCGGACGUGGACGGCAGGUCAGCCUCCAAGUACCAGAAGCGCCGUUCGCCGUCCGCAGCCAGGUAUUCGCCAUUCGACGCCGUCAAGGCCGACGAAUCGUAAUCCGUUCCGCUUGCUCUGAGCGCGUUUUCCUGUACAAACUUCCCCGCCCAUCAUCCCCUAACGCCUCCUCGUCCUAACCCGUUUUGUAAAUAUAUAUUGUAUCAUUUUUAUAUAUAAUAUUCAUCCACCGGACGCAACUAUUAUAUUAUUAUUAUUAUGUUAUAUAUAUUAUACUUAUUAUUAUAUAUAUGAUUAUACUUAGGUACUUAUUACUACUACUACUAUUACUAUAUACUAUUACCUACUACUUAAUACUCAUUAUAUUAUAUGAUAAUGAUAAUAUGUAUACUGUAUUACCAGUGGC